AUGUAACGAAGUAACAAUAACCCCAUCUUUUUAUCUCCAGAUCAAUUUGCUACUCUAUUUAAUUAGGGAAUUCGAGAAUCAUUAUAUUUAGAUGAAAUGUAGGAUCAAAGAGAACUCAGUUUCUCAGUUCCUAAAGUAGAUGAUAUGAAUUAAUCAAACCAACUCAAUUAGUCUAGUAAUUUUUUACCUGAAUUCCCUAAAGAAGAUGUUGUUAUCAGUAUUAUUAAUAUAUUAUUUGAUUAGUAUCCAGACAAUUAUAUGAACAAUCUCAAUGCAUUGAACAACAUAAUAAACAGUUAAGCGAAUCAUACUAAAGAAUAUUAAAAUAAAAUAAAGAAUUAUUGAAUAAAAGAAAAGAAUUAGAAGAAGAAAACUCAUAACUUCUAGAAGAAAACUUUGAACUCAAAAGAUAAGCUCAUGAACUUCAAUCUAAAUUAACAUUUGCUCAAAGUCAGAUGUUAAUUAGAAGAGAUUAAGAAAUUUAAACAUUGAAAUAAUAAAUUAAAGAAUUGUAGAACUAAUCCAAUUCUAGAGAUUCAGCCACAAAAACUGAGGCAAGUACAGCAACUUCUCAUAAAUCUUAUUUUGGGUCAAAUACUCAUCGGGUACAAUCAAAUGAACAAUCAAAAAAUACAUCUAGGUUUACUUCUCCUGUUCCUAAAUAAUAAACUUCUGAAUUCUAAGUCUUAUAUCAUUCGAAUAAUGUCUUCGGAAAAUAACCCUAAUAUUGA